AUGGGCAAUUUGACGACCGACCAGGAUCGCACGGGCGACUCCCGCGCCCGCGAGUUGUUUCAUUAUUUCCAACCCGAUAAUCCAGCAAUGCUGCCGACGAGCCAAGUGGCCGCCUGCGAUGCCAGUUCAUCCCUGGCGGCCAACAACAAAGGCAGUCCAAACUUGGUCUUGACUGCGCUCGCGCAACUCGCCGCCGUCAAGUUGCAGGCGCAGCGGGCGAUCAUCAGCUUGAUCGGCCGGGAGACUCUAUACGUGGUGGCGGAAGCAUCGAGGUCGCUUGAUCUGACGAACCCUGCGUACAAUCCCAUGUCAGAUGACGGGCUGUGGAUGGGAUGCUCGAAUGGUCCCGUCACCGGCACAUUGUGUGAGGUAGGAAAUCUGACGAAGUCUCCAUCCUAUGAGGACGAUGAUAGAGAGGGACACGAAUCUGCCGGUCUGGGUCGGGAUGCGCUCGGUCUAGCCACGGUUGCCCUCGAGGCAACCCCGGAACAGCCGCAUCCCUUCUUCGUCGUCCAGGACCUCCAGGAGCACCCAAAAUAUCACCAGUUGCCGUGUGUGGCCGGCAGUCCGCACUUUCGCUUCUAUGCGGGCACGCCGCUGAAGACUACCAACGGGGUCAACAUUGGCAGCCUCUAUGUCAUCGACCCGCGGCCACAUCUGGAAUUGAACACUUCGCAUCAGACCAUCCUGGGCGGUCUCGCUGACACCAUCAUGGAAUACUUGGAGACAUCGCGACAGUCACUAGAGGCCAACCGGCUGACCAAGCUGUUGGCGGGUCUGAAUACCUUUGUGCAAGGGGAAGCUGAACCCGACAGCUGGUCCACCUCCGCCAGCUCCAGCGUCUUUCCCCCAACGGCACAGUGGGAGGCCCGAAAUCGAUCCUCGAGUGUGACGAGUCAAUCUGCGAUCGAAGACGCCGGUAAGGUGAGGCCGUCCCCGUCCCCGUCCCCGUCCUCGUCUCCUUCGCCUUCGGUCAUCGAAUCAACAGCCAUCAAGCCCGCCUCCACACCAGCGGCUACCUCGCGGACCACGUCUCGGUCAAAAGCGGACAUGGCCCGGAGCCUUACCGAUCGCACCGACCGGACCUUCCAGCGCGCUGCCAAGACCAUACGGGAAAGCCUAGAGCUGGGUUCGCACGGCGGAGUCGUGAUCGUGGGCACCACGGACGGUGCGGACGAGGAUUUUAACGAAGGGUCCGAUGAAGACAAAGAGCGGACGCUGGCGAAGGUCUGGGCCACGUCGCGUUCGAAUGCAAGUUCUGGGACCGUGGAGAAUGACCCCGAGGUGCUGCCAGCAAUCCAAAUGGACUCACGGUUUGUGCGUCGGAUGAUCAGACGUCAUCCACGCGGCGGACUCUGGUACUUCCAGGACGAAGCGCUUUCUCUAUCCUCGGACGAGGACGGUGGUUAUUCAGAGGGCAGCAAAGUUUCCAGUCACCCACCGCCCCCUUAUUCCUCCUGGGCAUCGACGUCGGACCGUCUUCGCGAAAAGGACCUACGGGCUCUGGAGACCUACUUCCCAAAGGCCUCCAGGAUCAUCUUCUGUCCUCUCUGGGAUACCCUCAAUUCUCGUUGGUUCGGUGCAUGUUUCUGCUGGAGUAGCGCCGAGACGCGGGUCUUCAGUACUCACGUUGAUUUGGGUGGUCUGAUUGGGUUUGGGUCAUCAUUGAUGGUCGAACACAGCCGCAUACGAAGCCAGGAGUCGGCUGUCAAGAAAGGAGACUUUAUCAGCACCAUAUCUCAUGAAAUGCGAAGUCCUUUACACGGCAUACUUGGUGCGAAUGAGCUGUUGUCGGAGCAUAUCCGGUCUGAAUUUGGAUUACGACUGCUAGACACAAUCCGUGCGUGCGGCCAAACACUCCUCGACACUUUCGAACAAAUCCUUGAUUUUGCCAAGAUCAAUUCAUUCGACAGAAAUUCGAAGAGACCUCGGUCCCCUCAUCGGGCUGGCCCACACUACGUCGACCAAAAGUCCCGUCGAGCGCAAUCCUACCAUCUCUGGAAGUUGGUGAACGUGGUCAGCGUCGUAGAGGACGCUGUGGAGAGUGUGUACUCAGGGCAGCUGAUGUCAGGCUCGCUGGCCCGCAAAAGCGCAUGGGGCUUCAAUCAGGAAACCGACACAGCCGCCGCAUCUGGAACUGUGGAGCGUCAGCGCUUAGAAUUAGACGUGAUCAUCGAGGCCCCCGCAGAGGAUUGGCUCUAUUUGGUGGAAGCUGGAGCUCUGCGUCGAAUCGUCAUGAACGUCUUCGGCAAUGCUAUCAAGUAUACCGAACACGGGUCUAUCACCCUCCAUCUCGAAACGCAAAGGCCAAAGAAAGGCUCCCCUUUGCUGAUUUUGACGGUAUCGGACACGGGUAGAGGAAUAUCUCAUGACUAUCUGCAUUCAAAGAUCUUCACCCCAUUCUCGCAAGAGGACUCCAUGUCGCCCGGCACCGGACUAGGACUAUCCCUUGUCCGUGACAUUCUCCGGUCCCUCAAUGGAAGCAUCACGAUCAAAAGUCAACUUGGAGUUGGAACUGUCGUUAGAAUGGCGUUCCCUAUCUUGGAUCCCACACAACCCGACUCGUCCACUGUGAAGCCUACUUCACCCGUACCGUCUCCGCCCCUUCCUGACGCUCUUGAACGCGUGCGCGAAAAGCUUGCAGGUAAAUCUGCCGUGAUCCUGACACCGCCAGAUGGCAAGAUGUCGGCUCCAUUGCGAACGAUAGGGCAGUACGCGACUGAGUGGCUGGGUAUGUCGAUGGUUCCCUCGUUGACCACAUUCCCUACCGAUGUAAUCAUCGUCGACGAGCUUAACAUUAGCUCCCUUCCUGAUGCUCACCGUGCAGCCCUAAUUCUCAUCUUGUGCCACCGAAGACCAGAACUCUGGAAUCGGAUGAAAGCAACUCGCAAACAAUUGCCCAAUUCUGUGUGGAUCACUCUUCCCUGCGGCCCACAGCAACUCGCGCGCUCGAUACAAGCCCACUGGCAAGCUCAGGCUCUCGAGAGCUCAGCUGUGCUGGCGAUGAUGCCUGAAGGUGCCCAACUCACAGCGAAAUUAGACCCCAAACAACCUAAAAAUAUUCUGCACCCGCCCUCGCCUCUUUCCUCGCAGGAUCUGCAGCAACGUCUUGAUUCCGGUUCCAAAGCACCUUGCGUGGAUGAUGAAUUAUCGGAUCUCCCCGAACAGGCUGCGGCUCUGUCUCUUCGUCCCAUCGAUGCUCUCACUACCCAGGCCAGUCGUCAAAGCACUUCGGUUAGUGUAAUCGACCACGCUUCCAAACUCGGUCGCCCACUUCCUGCCCGCGCAUCUAGUAGUCUUCGGAUCCUGCUUGUGGAAGACAAUGCCAUCAAUCUGGCCCUACUUUCUAAGUUUGUAUCUCGCUUGAACCCCGCCACCCUCGACACAGCGGUAGAUGGCGCGAAAGCUGUGGAGCAAGUCUUGAAAAUGCCAGAUGGAUAUCACUUCAUUCUGAUGGAUUUAUCAAUGCCGGUCAUGGACGGUUUCACGGCCACGCAAAAGAUUCGCUCUAUUGAGAAUGAUCGAGGAACAUCGCGUCCGGCAACCAUCAUCGCUCUUACGGGCCUAGGGUCCAGUGAGCACAUCCGGAAAGCCUACUCGGCUGGUGUCAACGUCUUUCUGCGCAAACCGUUCUCAUUCAAAGACAUCAAAGGAAUCUUUGAGCACGAAGCUGGCAAGUCUGAGGUCACCUGA